CCUCUCUCUCUAAAAUUGCUCUAACAUGACUACCCUGCAACCACGUAUACAACAAAAUUAAAGCCCUCUCUCUCUCUCUCUCUCUCUAAAGCUUCACCCUUACUGUAACCCUGUCAUGCCAUUUCCAGUACUGCAGAACCAUUAAACAAAGCCUUCUUUUCACACAUCUGGCCCUUUUCAUCUUCGCUUUCUCGCUCUUAAACCUAAACAGAAACCCUCUUCCCCAAUCCACUACACUCACUCUUGCUCUGGCUCUCCCAACCAUGGAAGUUUUCAGUUUGCUCAAGUACUGGAAGGGUGGUGGAGUUACCGGAAAUAAUGAACGCACCAUACCUGGCACCACUGCCACAUACACCACUUUUCAGCCGCAACCGGCGGUGGAAACGGAGGAAGAUGGCGAUGAUGGUUCCUUCUUCGACAUGGAGUUUACGGUGCCCGAAGACGACGAUGGUGAAGGCGGAGACGAACACGAUAACAGCAGCGGAGUCGACGAGGAAGAUGACAGUGCCGCCUCGGAAUCUGCGGGAAUUGAUGGAGAGGAGUUCAACUUCAGGGUGUCUUCUGGGUCGAGUGAUAGCAGAACGGACCUGGACGUGGACCCUUCGCUCUCACCUUCUGACGAUCUGUUCUUUAAAGGAAGGCUUGUGCCGCUCGAGCCUUCGUCACUUGAAUUCAACCAUUCUGAGACAAACUCGAAGCCUCAGUUCCCUGUCUCUUUGUUGAAAUCUGCAACCAAGAUCAGAGUUCUCAUGUUGGGGUUUAAGAAACCCAGAUCGACGACGGCUGACAAGAUGGAGAGGAACUCUGUAGACGGAGCUAGUCCAAAACAGCAGCAAGGAAAAUUUUUUGCCGUGAAAUUCAAUGUCGAAGAGGUUCCCAUCGUUUCUCUGUUCACCAGAGAAAACAGUUCCAGAAGCUUUGGAAGCAAGCUUCAGAAGCAGAACUCCGACGAGGCAACCACGGAGGAUAAGAGAUUUCCAAAGGAUGUGGUGAACAAGUAUCUGAAGAUGAUCAAGCCACUCUACGUAAAGGUUUCAAGGAGGUAUGGGGAGAAGCUGAAGUUUUCUGGACAAUUGAGCUUGGGUUCAGGGAAAACAGGGGCAACAGCUCCGACGACCACGACGAUGCCAGUUACUUCUCUAAAGCCAACUAAGAACAAUCACGGAGAAACAGAGGAUUCCGAAGUGCAGAGCAAUGGUAGGAGCCAGAAACAGGGGAACUUGCCUUCGGGGCUACGAGUUGUUUGUAAGCGUUUAGGAAAGAGCAGGUCGGCCUCAUCAGCUGUGGCAGCAGUGCCGACAUUACCGUUCCAGGCCAGUAGACGAGAUGAUUCACAGUUGCAGUAUGAGGAUGGGAUCCAAGGAGCCAUUUUACACUGCAAGAGAUCGUUCAAUGCUACUAGAGAUUCGGAGACUUCUAUGCUUUCGCGGUGUACGAGCGAUCCCUCUCACGAGAAGUUGAGUAGUUCUUCCAGAAAUUCUUCGGAUCUCUUACACAAGAAAGCAGCUGGUGGUUCAUAUAGGAUUUCUUCAGUAAACGAAGCUCACAUUCGCAUUUGAAGAAUUGAUCUUCCAUUUUUCUGCGAGUUUGAAGAUAGAAGCAAAGGAUUGGAUCUGUGAAUCUGUUGUUUAGUCUUUUACUGUAAAAAAAGAGGAAAUAGAUUAGGAGAUUAGAAGAGUUGUGAUUUGAUAAUCUGAAAUCUUCUUGAUGAUGAAAGGAGAUUAGAUUAUCCAGUGAGUCCUGUGUGAGUAGUUUGAAUUUUUACUCCCAAAAAACCCCAGUGAUCUGAUCGAUUGAUCCACAGAAUGUAAUGAUUUUAAAAUCAAAAUAGAGAAUCCUGCAAUAAUAGGCAAUAUAAUAUAGAGGAUUGCUUUUGUUUUUGUUUUGUUCAA